UCCAAACGCAGGCGAGAUAUAUAUCCUGUCCCCAGAUGAGGGUGCUUUUCUUGAGCUGUGAAGACGACUGAGAAGAUGAAAGCUUCCCUCCUUGUCCUUCUGGCUUUGGUCCUAUGUGCACAUGAAGCAAAAGCCCUAUAUUGCUACACCUGUGAGUGGGAACAAAGCAACUGGAGCUGUCUGAAGGCUAAGAAGUGCUCAGACAAGGAUGAGUACUGUGUGACAAACGUUGCUGCUGUAGGAAUAGGUUCUUUGUCUUUCUGGAAGAGGAUCACUAAGAAGUGCUCCAAGACCUGUCCAUACCACAACUUCAGCCUGGGCCUGGCUACCUACACCUCGUUCUGCUGCCAGACCUUCUUGUGCAAUCUGCCUGCCUGCCCAGGACCCAGGCUUGCUCGUCCAUAAGAUGUAGGGGCUCCUGAAUCAGUGCCCUUCACUUGCUCAGAGAAAAGGGCUCCUGAAGGCCUGAAGAACAUGGUCAGAUUUCCCCAGAAGGGUAUGUCGGGGGGAAGUCUUUCAGUGAGAGUGUGAUGUAGUCUUGGAACAGGUUGCCCAGAGAGGUUGUGGUGCCCUGACUAUGGAUGUGAUUGAGACCAGGUUGGACGGGGACCUGGGCAACUUAUCUAAUGGUUGACAACCUUGCCUGCGGCAGCGGGAUUGGAACUUGAUGAUCCUUGAGGUCUCUUCCAACCCAAGCCAUUCUACGAUUCUGACUCUAUGAUUCCAUGAUUAUGUGAUUCUAUGACUCUAUGAUUCUACGAUUCUAUGGUAUGGACACCAUGCAUGCAUGCUAAGUAGAUAAAAUAUUAUGGUUGCCA